CCCAACCUACCUGCUAUGUACCUUGCGGAAGAUUCGCUCAAUCACAUUCAUCGGACUUUACCAUAUACAACACCGAGUGUGUUUGGUCUUGAGUCGUCUGCCCCGACUAGCCAGCCCAGUCGCAGCUAGGUUUGCACGUUCCCAAACUAUAAACUGUUUCGAGCACCUCACCUUGUCUCGGGCUGCAGCUUGGUUGCACCCCGAUACGGAAGUUUGUUAAUACUUGGAGCUGCUAAAGCACAACUACUUACCUUUUACAUCUAAGACUUCCUCAGCUGUGACUUCUCUCAGCUACCUAAGCAACGACGGUUACUGCGACCUGCAGCCGAAUCCCGGAGCAUUCAAUUCGAAGUCAACCACGAGUGUUUCCUCUUCCUCGACCACUCCCUCCAUCACCGGUGGAUCUGACGAGAUCCGGGUUUUUAGGCGAAGGCUUCCACCCCGGGGUAGCAGCUUGAACCAGGAGCAGAAGACCAUUGGAUUGCUACUCAACAGGUCCGACUCAUCGAAAUCAGAUCCGCAAUCUGACUCUCGGCACCAACAACUGCAUCGUAACUCGCCCAGUGCGAUCUGCCCGCCGUCAAAAUGGCCGACCCGUUUGCGCCGCGCACCAUGAAGCGCAGGAACGUCAAGGGACUUGCCUUGACUCCUGCAGCACCGAAGCCGCCUCCAACCGCCGAGAACGCGCCUAUCCACAGAGACUCUGACCAGCAUGCACAACUCGAGAUUGGCAUUGAGUUUAACUUAGACCUUCGCCCCGAGGACUUGGAGGUUAUCAAGGAUCUCGGCUCGGGUAACGGAGGUACUGUCAGCAAAGUCAGGCAUAUUCCGACAAACACGGUCAUGGCGCGCAAGGUCAUACACGUUGAAGCCAAGCGCGAGAUGCGGAAGCGCAUUGUGCGAGAACUACAGAUCAUGCACAGUUGCAAUUCUGAGUACAUCGUCACAUUCUAUGGAGCUUUCCUCAACGAGAACAACGACGUCAUCAUGUGCAUGGAGUACGCAGAUGUUGGGUCACUAGAUCGCGUAUCGAGGGUGUUUGGUCCCAUAAGAGUUGAUGUACUGGGGAAGAUCGCCGAGGCCACCCUCGGAGGCUUGACCUACCUUUACGCAAAACAUCACAUCAUGCAUCGUGACAUUAAGCCAUCGAACAUCUUGGUCAACUCCAGGGGAUCGAUCAAGCUGUGUGACUUUGGUGUGUCGGGAGAACUCAUUAACUCGAUAGCUGAUACGUUUGUCGGCACGUCAACUUACAUGGCCCCUGAGAGAAUUCAGGGAGAAAAGUACACGGUUAAGUCAGAUGUUUGGAGUUUUGGUCUCAGCAUUAUGGAGCUUGCUAUUGGCAAGUUCCCCUUCGCGGCAAGCGAACAGCUUUCAGAUGCCGAGUCGGCGCCUGCCGGUAUCCUUGAUCUUUUGCAGCAGAUUGUACACGAGCCGGCACCGAAAUUGCCGAAGAGCGAUGCCUUCCCACAAAUCCUCGAGGACAUGAUUCAGAAGUGUCUUUACAAGAACCCGGAUGACAGACCAACGCCAGAGGAGCUCUUUGAGCGCGAUCCUUUUGUGCAAGCAGCGAAGCGGACACCGGUCGACCUACGCGAAUGGGCGUUUGGGUUGAUGGAGCGGGAUAACCGCAAGUCGCACCUUGCCCCGCAGCUCUCGCCGGCGACGGCAGACCUAUUAAGGUCAACUGAUUCGCCUACGGCGACGUACCACGGCGACGACCGCCAGUUAGAAACUCCUACCUCAGGUGAGAUCCCCAUACUGGGAGCUAUAGUGUCACCUCGUGACCAGUAUGGCAGCAUAUCGAGUCGAUCCCCGACGAGGGCCGGCGGAGGGAUCGGCGGCCUUGGCAGACCAAGUGGAUCGGCUGUACAUCCGGGACUAGGGCCGAGGAUGGCUACGUCCAGCUCGGUACCCAUGUCUUCGGGUGCUAGCUACCACGGGGUCUCGUCUUCGUCUGCCGAUUACGCCUCCGCCAUACCCGCCCCACCCUCGAGCGCGAGCAAGGCGACCUUCUCGCUACCCAUGCGACCGGCCCCCGCCGGUACGAUGCCUCCGCCCCCUCCGCGGAAAGAGACACCCGACGAGUCUAAGAAAGAAAGCAGGCGGCAGGCCCUUUUUGGUCCGCCGUCGUCGACCGGAAGUUAUGGUUUCUAGGUUACUCUUUUCGAUGCGUUAUGCUCAGGGGGGAAUUCUCUUUCUACUUGUUUCGAUAUUGGAGCUUGCGGGGGACAGAGCGCGGCCAUUUUCUUUUCCAUUUUACUCUUCACCAACUUCUCUAGACCUGAGUAUACAUCGGAUUUUGGCUCCUGACUGGUUUGUUUAUUGUCAUAAUUACCAUGCCGCCUGUCCCAAACAAAUAACGCCUUCUAGAAAAUGCCUUCGGGUCUGGACUCGGAUAGUGUUCAAAAGGUGUUUGACUCGGCUCUUCUUAACGCUUGCUAAAACGACGGCAUUUGUGAAGCUUGUCGGACCUCAAUCAACU